AUGCCUCCGGCCGGCGGUCCCCGCGCGCCGCGCCCCGCCGCGCUGCCCCGCAGCCUGUCCCGCCUGCGCGAGUGCCCGGGCCGCUCCCGCAUAGUGCUGGCGCUCGGGGCCACGCAGAUGGCGCUCGGCUGCCUCAUCGUGGCCGUGAGCUUCGCCGCGCUGGCGCUCACCACCUCGGCCCGCGUCCGCCACUCCUGCCCCUUCUGGGCCGGCUUCUCGGUGCUGCUGUCAGGACUCAUUGGCGUCGUCUCCUGGAAGAGGCCCUUCUCCCUCGUGAUAACGUUUUUCAUGCUGCUCUCUGCAGUGUGCGUGAUGCUGAAUUUGGCUGGCUCAAUUCUUUCCUGUCAGAACGCUCAGCUAGUCAGCGGCCUGGAAGGUUGUCAGCUGAUUAAGUUUGACAGUGUGGAGGUGUGUGUCUGCUGUGAAAUGCAGCACCAGUCGUCCGGCUGCGGCAACCUGGGGGAGACGCUGAAGCUGAACCCGCUGCAGGAAGACUGCGACGCCGUGAGGCUGACGUUGAAGGAUCUCCUGUUCAGCGUGUGCGCCCUCAAUGUCCUGUCCACCAUCGUGUGUGCGUUGGCCACCGCCAUGUGCUGCAUGCAGGUGGUCUCCUCUGACGUCCUACAGAUGUUCCUUCCACACAGGGCGCAUUCCGCCAGCCCUGCCUGUGUGACACCCCACGGCACCGUCCUCCACCAGACCCUGGAUUUCGAUGAGUUCGUGCCCCCUCUGCCCCCGCCACCCUAUUACCCUCCUGAGUACACCUGUACGCCCACAGCCGAUGCCCACAGGGGCCUCACCCUGGACUUCGCGCCCUGUCCCUUCAGCACUUUGUAUGACGUACGCAUCAACAGCCCGGGCCUGUUCUAUCCUGCCGAGCUGCCCCCGCCCUACGAGGCCGUGGUGGGCCCCACCCCAGCCAGCCAGCUUACAAGUAUAGACCAGCAGGUGACCGAGACCAGCUCCCGGGACCCAGACGGCUCUGCUGGCUUCAGCACACAAGCGCCAGCAGACAGCGAGAGCCUCCCGGCGUGCGAGGGUACCGCCACGCCAGGCCCAGACCCCCUGACCCCUGACGGCCCCACAGGUGCCCAGCCGCCAGCCUCGUGCCCCAGCCUCGCAUCCUCCAGGGGCCACAGCCGAGGCACACGAGCACGGCCGGGUCAGGGGCGUGUGGCCCGCUCCACCAGCGACCCCACCUCGUGUUCCAGGGCGGCAGGUCACGCUUCUCCACACGCCUCCUCCCGUAGCCAGGACCUUGAAGCGGGACUGUCUCAGGCUGCUCUGGGGACAGUUUCCCGGUCUCUCUCUGUCACAUCUGCCUCUGCUCGUGGGCACCAGUUCUCACCGCCCGGGGACCCAGAUACCUGGAAAGUGGGCCAACGGUUAGAGCCGGAGGCCGCACAGACGGUCCCCAAAGAGCGGCCACGCCCUGUGGUGGACAGCAAGGCGUACGCGGACACCAGGGUUUUGGCGGCUAAGUUUUUGGAACACUCGCACGGUGCCCUCGUUCCGGAGGCGCGGCACGUGGCGGGCGCCAUCCACUCGGCGGUCACGUCCCAGGAGCGCCAGGCGGAGGAGGCCGCCGUCAGCGCCGGCGCUCGGGACCAGCUGUGACGUGGACACGGACGGGCUGGUGCAGAGUCUCCCGCUGCAGGGAGAUGCCUCGGAGGGGUGGGGGGGGUCAGGCCAGCGCUCCUGGGCCUGCUCAGUCUGGGAUCCAGUCAGCGGGUUUCUUGGGGUGACGCUUCUACCUGGUCCAGUAAUACAGAAAAGGUCUCUCGUGUCUGUCGUGAACUCUUUGGUUUUGUCAGGCAUGUAGCACCUUGAACUAACCAGCGAUACGGGACUAUAGUGACAGGUGACUGUCAUGUCACUGAAGACACCACGUAGCUUCAAAAUCAAGGCCAUCAAAACCAGGAUUCUCCCCGCCCCCGAUUUGGUUCAGUGUUAAGUGGGCAGAGGUGACAUUCAGUCAAGAGGCCAUUUUCUCUCGUGGUGUGUGUCACUCAGGCUUCAAGCUCUUACCAUAUGCUGACUUUAAAGAAAGCUCGUAAUUAUUGUACGAUGCAGCCCAGGCCCAGCUUCUGCCCACAUAAUACCGGGGGUACCAAAAAAAAGUACACAUUUUAAGAAAGGAAAAAACGGCAUUAAGUUGUGAUACUCAAUAUAUACCGAUAAGAAAAGAUGAAUACAAGUCACAUGUAUACAUUUUUUGGCACCCCAGGUAGAUACAAGAGAGGACCCUGUGGCACAGGAAGCAGACAGGUGUGGCAGGGGGCUUUGCAGGACCCCCACCACCUUGUCCCCGGCUUCCCCUCAGCAUCCCCUCUGUGAGUGUCCCCCUUGCUUUGUGUCUGGCUCUCUCUGCUGUCACUUGAACUGGUUCACGUGGGGAGCGGACACUUAUUGCUGUUAUUCAAUCCAGAACAACAAGCAGCUGUGACAAGCCCUUUGGGGGUCUUGCCCAUGUCUGCCCCCCAAGAGUGGCCUGGACAGGUGGCGGUCUGAGGGAAGAGGCCUGUGUCCCUGGGACACGUGCACCUCCUGAGAAAGCAGGUCUCUGAGGACCCACAGCAGCCAGGUGGCAGCAGCCACAUCUGCGCCGGGGGACACAGGUUGUAAAGCAUUUCUUUCCGUGAAACACCUGCUGAGCGCGGCACACAGGAGGCAGGCCUGGCAUCCGCGAGAUGGCAGCUUGGCCACACUUGCCAUCAGUGGCCGUGGAGCAGACUGUCCUCCGGAACUUGCUGCAGCCAUGGGAUCGCCUGUGCCUGAGCCGUAGUCCCCGGACUGUCACCCUGGCUGGUGGCCCUAGCCUCGGACAGGGUGGCCCAGAGCUCAUAGGUCUCAACCAAGAACCCACGGCCUGGCAUGGGGAGCUCGGGGAGGCCCAGACGGGCCCAGGUGUCCGGGCCCCACUGUAGCCGGUGUGUGUGGCCAGAGGGGGUGUCCAGCGUAGAUGCCCGAGCACUUCUGGAGCCCCCAGGAGCCCAGGUGGGGAAGGAAGCCGGCAGUGACGGUCAGCUGGCCUCGGCUCCCUCCCUCCCUCGUGUCACUGUCCCACAGUGAGAGCUGGAGAAAGAACAAUCACGCCUUCUGAUGGCAGCCAGGACUGUCCCUGGAGACACAUCAGAGGUGAACGUAUGAGCACUUUAUUCAGACUCUAAAACGGGGGAUCUGUUCUCUUUUCUCAAGUGAGGGCUGUGGAAACCCCAGAGCUAAUCCCGUUGCAGGCAGCUAGCUGAGGACGUGCCAGGGGGCCUCCCCUGAGACCUGCCAGCAAGCGUCAGUGGCGCUGGAUCAGGUCAGUUUGUCUCCAGGCUGGGAACCGCAGGGGUUUCAUCUUCUUGGGGGAGGGACCUGCGUUCGGGCAGGGGGCUCACAGCAGUGUCACUGGGCCACCUGGCCCUCCAGUGGGCUGUCUGCAGCUGUCAAAUCUGGCUGGUGAGGCCCGCCCCUUACCCUCCCCACCCCCACCUCUGGGGCGCGUGACCUCUGGCAGACGGGGUGGUGCUGUGUCCUUUGCUUCCCCUUUCUGCAGCUUGACAGUGUCUUUCCUGCCAUCUGAGCCCCCUCCCCUGUCCCUUCCGCUGCCACCCAUGGUCCCAGACCUUCUCUAGUUCUGUGCCCUGCCCACACCCUCUCAAGCUCAGUUUCGUAUUUGCUCUCAUGGAAACUCUGUCUUGCGGAUGAGAAAACUGGACCCAAUUUUAUACAGCUGGGCUAGAACCUUCUGCCCACCCGCUCAGGGCCCCCGGGUGGCCCACGUGGGCUCUAGCAGGCCCCAGGCUUCUGGGAAGGGUCCUGGGAAGAGAGGGGUGGUGGUUAGAGCCACUGGGAAUGGGCCAGGGAACCCCCUCGCCAGCUCUGGUACCCUCAGCCCUGCUGUGCUCAGUGGCACCGGGGAGCAGGAGCCCCAGCAGCAAGCGCCCGGAGCCCAGACCACAUGGUGCACGGCCACGGGCACGGCGGGUUCCUCCCCAUCACGUGCACGCUCACCACCCGCCCCACCAGGAGACUCUGAGGCUGCUCCUUAAGGAUCUGAAAGGGGACCCCUUCUCCCGAGCUUGGCUCUGUUCUCCCCGGGCAGGUCACCAUAGGACCCCGCCCUGCAGGGACCCUCACCUGCACAGGCCGGGGUCCUGGGUGCUGUCCCUGCCCUCUCCCCGUGACCCUAACAUGGGGCCAGAGCUGUGUGGACGCUGCCAUUUGGCCCCAGCCUGGAGACCAGGAGCAUGCUGGGGAGGGCGAGCUCUGGACCCCAACUCUGUGGCAGGCUGGGGGGGGGGGCUCAUCCUUCAAGUGACGUAGGUCUCCUGCAGCUGGUGACAAUGACGCACGUCCAAUGCCUGUAAGAGACCAUGUAACAGAAAGCUUAUUUCCGACGGGUGUUUUGUUGGCCCCUCAGCUGUACCGAUUCACAGAUGCUGCUAUUAAGGCGGAAUUUAUAGGAAAUUGUUUUCAAGCCACGGGAGACCUGUUUGUACCACUUGAAGGUUGUAUUUAUUUCAUGUACCUCAAGGUGUUUUCAUAAUGAGCAAUGUUUUAAUAAAAACUAUUUCUGGCCUCUGUGUCCCC